AUGGUCAAUUUACCCGAGGUGAUCAUGGGCAUCCAACGGUCAUAUUUGAAGCGGUGGCAUCACACGAUCAGUGGAUUUGACAUGUUUUUUUUUGGUUCUCCUAAAUCCCUCAACGACAUUAACAUUCUUAAUCAUUCACCUAUAUUUAACAACAUAUACGAUGGAUCUGCACCGGAUUCUUCUUUCCAAUUGCAUGGAACACCAUAUAAAUAUGGUUAUUAUCUAGUUGAUGGGAUCUAUCGUGAGUAUGCAAUUUUUGUUAAAUCGUUUAUGUGUCCGAAUGAUACUCGUCAGAACAAGUUCAAGAAAGCUCAAGAAAGAGUUAGGAAGGAUGUCGAGCGAGCUUUUGGAGCUCUCAAGAAACGCUGGUUUAUAUUGAAAAAACCGACAAUUUUUUUCAACGAGGAAAAAAAUACAUGA